AAUGAUAUGAGCACCGAACAGAGAAGAGAAACUCCCUUGACCGUAGAGUUCAGUGUACUGACAGUGUAGAGAGGACACUUUUGUCAAAUGAUUUACACAUUUUUUUAGGGUAAACUAGGAGAUUUAUCAGAGGACCAUGAGUCGUGGAUCUAAAACUAAAUUGGGGAACGCCCAGAGCACUCUGCUGAGCCUACAGGAGAGUGAGAAGUUGGAGGAGCUGUUGGGCAGAAGGUGUGCUUCCAUGGCCACUGCCGUAGCACAGCUGUUCAUGGCCCUGCCUCACACUCCAUCCAUGUGGAGCUUGCAGCACACAGGAGUGGUGUGCUUCGUCAAAGACAACCCUCAGCGCUCCUACUUCAUCCGGAUGUUUGAUUUGAAGGCAGGGAGGCAAAUUUGGGAGCAGGAACUCUACAACCAGAUUGUUUACUCCUCGCCGCUGUCGUAUUUUCACACAUUUGUCGCAGAUGACUGUCAAGUGGGACUGAACUUUGCUGAGCAACAGGAAGCAGAAGCCUUUCAAAAUGCUGUCCAGGAGAAAAUCAACCAAAGGAACAGCCGCCAAGACAAGAAACAGCGCCCCCUGCCACCAAGUGAUAGGGGUUCCCUGCCUCCACUCCCACCUGAAAAAGCUUCACCUGGUAGCCCUGGAUCUUUCCCCAUGGCCACAAUGGACAUCAAGAACCCAGAUAUCCAGUCUUCACGCUAUCGCUCGAUGCCCGCACCUGCUCCUUCUUCAGUUCUGAGUGGCAAAGAAAAGAAGAAGGACAAGAAGAACAAGAAAAAGGGCCCAAAACUCUCCAAAGCAGACAUAGGAGCACCCAGUGGAUUUAAGCAUGUUACUCAUGUCGGAUGGGAUCCCAACAACCUUGACCCUGAUCUGUGGAAAUUGCUCUCCCAAGCUGGGAUCAGCGAAGCUGAGAUGAGAGAUGAAAAGACCUCUCAGCUCAUCUAUAAUGUUAUUGAGAAGUCUGGAGGCAUGGAGGCGGUCAAAAGGGAGGUGAACAGAGCAGGUUCUGGACCUCCACCCCCUCCACCUGGCAGACAAGGGCCCCUGCCUCCUCUGCCGGGCUCCAGUCCCUCGGCUCCAGCCCCUCCACCUCCCCGAGGCCGCUCUGGACCCCUGCCUCCAAUCCCGGGCCAGUCACAGCGAGGCACCCCGCCCACUCAGCCAGCUCCAGCACGUGGAGGCGUGCCACCCCCACCCCCUGCAACAAACAGAGGCAGUCCUCCACAACCACCGCCUGCGCACACUGUGCCCUCUCACUUCCCCUCACCACCUUCCGCUAAGUUCUCUCAUGUCUCAACUCCACCCCCUCCCCCGCCACCAUCUAGCCAACAGCGCGCCAUGGGUUUCCAACCUCCCCCUGUCCCAUCUAUACCAAGCAGAGGAGGAGGAGGAGGCCCUCCACCUCCUCCUCCACCCCCUCCACCUCCACCUCCUCAGACCCCUAUUUCUUCAGAUUUCCCAUCCCCUCCUCCCCUCGCCGGUGGCCCAGCGCCACCUGCGCCAGCGUCCAUUGGAGGAGGAGACAGCAGAGGAGCUCUGCUGGAUCAGAUCCGACUGGGCAAGAAGCUCAGAAAUGUGACAGAGAGCCCUGACCUGGCUCCAUCUGCAUCUCCAUCAUCAGGCGAGGGCAUCGUUGGUGCUCUCAUGAUGGUCAUGCAGAAGAGGAGUAAAGUCAUCCAUUCCUCUGAUGAAAGUGAAGAUGAGGGUGGAGAUGAGGAGGACGAUGACGACGAAUGGGAUGACUGAUAUAGACGUUUUUGUUUGUGUGGAUUUUGAACUUAGUACAUGGGCGAUUUUAGUGAGGACCCUCUGGAUUGUUACACUUUGUUCAAUUUGUUACAGGUUCCACAAUUGCAAACUGGAAUUUUCCUUUAUAUGAGACCAACUGUGUGGGUGAUUAAAUAAAGAAGUGAUGAAAUAUUAAGGACUGUGAUGGACACAUUUAAGAGAAUUCUGAAAUGUUUAUAUAUUUGUUCAAACAUUUCCAGUGUAGUGUUGAUCAGCAUGACAGCACAUAGCACUGUGUUACUCGCAAUGAAGGUGAAUGGUGGCUCUGACGGAAAAAAAAAAAACCUUGUUCCUUGUGCUUCCAUUAAAAAGAGCCAUUUUAAAAAUAAGUAAAUACAGCUUAUGACAGAACGCCACCACUCAACACUAAAUCUGAGCCAGCUUCAUUCCCAUUUUUGCAAUAACAUACUGUACAUGAAAAUUAUGUUCCUGUAUCAUUUUCUCAUACAUCUGUGCAAAGAUUCCCCAAUUCCCUCUAAUACCGCCACCCACAAAGUGCAUAACUGGAAGAACACUUAAUGCUAUACAUAUCUUAAAACACUCACAUAUUGUAGGUCACUAGAGCACAGGACAGUAAGGGAGUCAUUACAUGACAACACCCAAUGGAAUUAUCUUAACAGAAUACAUUACACCUUACGAACAUCAUAACACACCAGGGUCGAAAACGGAACAUUAAAUUGUACAACUUGCAACAAACAACAACAGAUACGCAUGCAACAUCUGCAUUUAUAUCAUCGUAAUAUCUUCAUACGAGAGUAAUCCAUGAAUAAUCCAUCCAUGACAAUAUCAUGACCAUAUAUAUUAUAUUCACAAAUCAAUAUAUUACAUUUUUGUUUCAA